AUGCAGCAGCUCCGAGGUGAGUUCACCAAGGUUAGGACGUGUUUGUUCGGGAAGGUGGAAAAGUACUUGUGGACCCCUGUCGGGCAGACGGAGGAGGUGCUGAGAGUGGUGAAGAACAUGGACACCAGAGCAGUGGAUGAGUGCAGGAGGUUGCCGGCGAAUGAUCGGAUCGCCUGGGCAGAUGGGAUGGUUUCGCCUGAGGAUGCCAUGAACGAGAUUGGCGUCUACAACUUCCUCGAGCACGGCAGCUUCAUCAAUGAGACCAGGACUUGGCUGGUCCUUGAAAACUGUGAGGGCGAUCUCUUCGACUGGGUAGAGCAUCAGCGAGACGCCGGCCUUUUAGACCAGCAGCAGAUCAAGCGCUACGUGUGGCAGAUACUCAGAGCUGUUCACUUUUUGCACUCCCACAAUGUGGGCCACCGCGACAUUUCCUUGGAGAAUUUGCUUCUGAGGAACGGGGAGGUGCGACUCAUGGACUUCGGCCAGGCUGUACUGCUCCGGGCACCAGAUGGAACGGAGUAUCACUACUUCCGCACCAGCGGCAAAGACUACUACCGCGCACCGGAGUGCUACAUUCCUUCCUCCCAGACUUGCCCUGGAUUAAGAGUCCAGGCCAUGUGCCCUCAGGGCUGGUCCCCCGGCCGGGAGGUACAAGUGAUGGGUGGAGGCUAUUUGUGCCUAGUCAGUUUUCCAGAUUCAGCCGUUCCAGGUCAAUAUUCGGUUGCCAGCUUUCGUGGCUACACUGUGGGUCCUGUGGACGUGUCUUGCAGAAUUUUGUUGUUUUCGGAGCUUGGCAUGUUAUGGGAAUUUGCAAGAUGGGCCUAUCGCUUUCCCACGAUGCUCGUUUGA